GCUGUUAUUUCCUUGUAUAAUAUCAAUGGAAAAACAACGGCAAUUUUUAUAAGGUAGCUAGUCUCUAAGUUCUAUUUCUAGAAAAAUCUUGAGCAAUCACUAAUGGCAUUUGCUGAUCCAACAACUCAAAUGAUGCUGGGACUGAUGGAGAGUGUUCUCAUGAACCCCCCAGAAUGUCGCACUCUUGAAAAAGUUUGCAUGAUUCUUCCUCUGCUAAGAACGAGAUCGCCUCUAUUUUAUAACCUCGACAAAGAUAUCCUUGUGGACAUUGCCACAAAUGCCAGUCUGAAGAAAAUCAAAAGAGAUCAUGCAGUCAUCUGGCAAGGGCAAGAAGGAAAUAAUUUUGGGAUCAUUAUCAAAGGAGCUGCGUCAGUACAUGCCAGGAAGGACCACGGACGGGUACCCCAGCAGGACACCGUCUCAAUACCCCGUGCGCUAAGAGAACGUGUCGCCAUGGUCGGCCCUGAGCUUGGGCACAUUUCAGCGGGAAGCAGCUUCGGUGAAAUGGCCAUGUCAUGUGACCAUCUACCAUACAACGUAACUGUUAUAGCUGAUGAACUAGUGCAUGUGCUUCUUAUAAACAGAACACUUUACGCGACAUCUUUUGGAGCCCACAAGCUGGAGUGGGAAAAAAAGGUCGAAUUCGUCAACCAGUCUCCGCUUUUUCGACAUCUGACGCCAGCUCUCAAGGACUUGCUCAUGGAGAACUUAAAACCGCGCGAGAUACAGUUUGGUAAUCGCUUCAUAAAGCAAGGAGGCGUUUGCAAUUGCCUUUUCUUCGUACGUAGUGGAUGGGGUAAAGUCGUAGCAGAUCUGCGCAUCAGCAGGACCCAGUAUGAAGCAAUCAAAACAACUUCAAGAGGCAAGCAGAAAGCCUUAGGUCGGAAGACUAUUAGCUGCGACAGGGAAUACAUCCACAGUAAGAAACUUGAUCCCACUCGCCCUCUUUCAGUCAUCGACAGACGAAAGCACAUGCAGAAGUUUGGAUACGUUGCCAUAGAGACGCUUCUGCGGCAGAGAGAAGUGCCCGUGACGUCAACUGGUCCAAAUGACGUCAUCGGUGACAUUGAGGUUAUAAUGAAUUUCCCAACGUACUGUGCGAGCAUGGAGUGUAUUGAAACCUUGCACGUCUACGAGCUGAGCAAGUUCAAUUUUUAUCAAAUUAUUAACCAGAGGAGUACUAAAACAUACGAUCUAUUGCGAAAAGGUGCUCUCGCCAAGCUUCAUUUUCGAGCCCAGCGCCUGAAGGAUAUACCGUUGUACACCUUACUACUCGAGCAAGCCUUAUCUCCUGUUGAAGAUCCAACCAGGAAAUCACCUCUUUGGACAAAAAAGUCCAUUCAAAUCAAAGCUAUGAAGAAAGUGUUAGGCAACAUGAGCAAAACCCAACAGACGCCUGGAAUGGACAAGCCAAUUGACAGCAAGGAAGCCAGGCAGAGAAGACACAGCGGAAACAAGAGUGAUGACAAACAGCUGGACAAGAAGUCUGCUCCCAAACAGUAUACCGUCGCGGAAUUCCGUGCUUUAAAGAAGAAAAUGCAAGCGAUGGAAGGAAUAGGUGGUUGGCGAACUUUGAUUUAAUGUCAUCCGUCUCUAUCGAAUGGGAUCAAUGUUAAAUCCUCGAACCCAACAGAACAUCUUUUCAAGAGUUUGUAACUGACAGGGAAAAGAUUGUGUUAAUUCAGAGAUCUAGGUACAUGCUAGUACCGUGGAAUAUGCAAGGAUUCAGUGUCAUCUGACGGUUUUUGGCCAAGAAGUCAACUGGUCAAAAAAGGAUUACGUCUUGACAACUGAUCAAUUUUGACGUUAUUUGUUUGCUCUAUUCCUUUUUUCCCAGCGCAUUACUUUUAAAUCAAUCUGUCGAACCUAGCCUGGUAUGUGUAGAACGCUGUGCAAAACUAAGUUUUAUCAAAGUUCAGGUGAAAUAAGAAUUUCAACCACUUAUUCAGGCGCGUAGCGUGGUAAUUUUUUCAAGUACGCACAAGUACAUAUCUAGAAACCUAAGUAAACUGAGCGAAAAAUACUGCAUUAUUUAUUUCUUGUUUGAAAUAGUUGUGUGAAUACAAGCACAGAAGAAAGCGUCUUGCUCCUAUUUUGAGCAAACUUGGCGCAAACACAACAUUGUUUUCAAAUUUUUCUGGUCACUUCAAGUAUUCACGUACGUAUAUGCGUAGAGGACGCUACGCGCCUGUUAUUGUGAUGUGGUGACAGUAUUUCUUAUAUAAACGGAGCUUUUGGAUA